AUGUUGGCAUUCCAGUCUACAGCGCAGCGACUACCCGCUCCCAACUGCCUGGGUAGUCCCAACUCCGGGCAGUCCUCGACACUGUCCUCCAGUAAAGGAGUGACAGCGGAGUUGAGGGUGUCUUGCGAGUCCUCAGACCUAGCCGAUGCAACAGGCUCAGUCACUGGCUCGCUGAUGUGGCGCGGGGACGUGGCCCAGUUCACAGCCGUCGGCCGGAAUGCUUUUCUUUCUUCAGUAUUCUUCUCCAGCAAAGCUGCGGGUGAUCGCGUUUUCAGGGGCCGCUUGUGUUGUAGAGCACCCUGGGGUAGCCGCGAAGCAACGUGCAUAUAUGAAUUCCCCGUGCUAACUGAACGCACCGGCCGAGGUUUAUCAUACCAGCGCAACGGUGCCACGAGUCCUCCCGAUUCAGCAGAAUUUCCCACAUCACGUUUCGGAACAGCGCGGACUCUUGUAGAGGGAGCGCGUCUAGAAUCGCGGUCCUUCGACGAGCCAUUAAACGCAUUUCGGGGUGCAUCGAUAGGAACACCAGGGUACUGUACGCCUGGUCGCGAAGCUACAGGAUUAUCCUCGCUCCAUCCCCUCGGCGCCUGCACCACUCCCCGAGAUGCAGAGGCGGAAAGUGUCCUCGUUGGGCUUGCCCGUGAGUUGUGGUGCAAAGCCGGGCGCAAACGAUUCUCUGCACUGCGUGUUGGAGCAUUUGCAUGCAUUGACCGGAAGCAUGCGGUAGAAACAGGCCUUGCGGAAGGCCGUUGGGCCAUGCGGUUGGGGGAGUAA